AUGAAAACCCCUUGCAGAUAUCCAAACCUCAACGCCAGUGUCUGGAACGUCAACGCAAUGUUUGUAGAUCAAAUGCUCAGCCUGAAGUCGUUAACCUGGCAGACCUGUAUGUGGACGCUAUUCUGUAUGGCAAUCGUUUGUACCAUCUUUAUCCAAAACCCGGUUUCUGUCGUGAUGGCCACAACAGCUAUCGCGUCCAUAAGUCUUGGAGUUAUGGGAUAUCUCUCAUUCUGGCAUCUUGACUUGGAUCCAGUAUCGCUUUGUGCUGUUCUGAUCAGUAUCGGCAUGGCAGUGGACUUUGUCGCUCAUACCACCUACCAUUUCCAGUUGACAUAUCGCGAAGCGGUUCGAAAUGGACAUGAGGUGCGAGUGGAUCUGAACACACCAUAUGAUCGAAUGCGUAAUACCAUCAGCAAUGUUGCUUGGCCCAUGUCUCAAGCAGGAAUUUCCACAAUUCCAUUGCCUCUUCUCAAUUUCAACUGCUAUCGAACGCUGGUCAGCGCUCGAGCAGACGGUAGCGGCCAGGAGAUGUCACUUUUGGAACCGGACACUACCCGAGCAUAG